CUUUUUAAAAUUUCAAUAUCUGAUUUACUCUAUGAGUGCGAAGAAAGUGUUUCUAUAUUGAGUUCGAAAGUCGAUUAUUCACUUAGAAUUCCGAUCGGUUUCCGAACACAUUUCGGCAUACCGAAGAAGCGGUGGUUUCGAAUCAUUUGUGAUCAAACUUUAUCCCAAGCUAUCGUCCCCCAAAGCAACAUCGUUUGGCUUCUUAAAACCCACACAUCAUGGCUGGAGGACGGAUGUUAGAAACAAUAUUUUGCUUUUUUGCAGUCGUCGCUUCUUGCUUCAUCGCGACACCUUUGAAGUUGUUGGAUUCUAAGGUCGGGGGAAAGUGCUUACUUCACGGCGACGUCAACUCUUUGACUCUAAAUGUUACAACUGGGAGAGAAAUCUAUUGCGAUUUGGGGUUUUAUUCUUCGAUAACUAAUGGGGUUAUAGCGAUAUUUCUCGUGUUUUUACGGUGGUGUUGUUUGAUUUCACAAUCGAGCUUGAUAUAUGGGAGUCUGUUCUCAUUCAUCCUGGCAACAUUGUGUUGGAUCAACAGUGUUGUUUGUACAGUGUUUAUGGUGGUCGGUUUUACUGAGUGGUGCAAGUCCAUUAAAAAUACAGGAAAAAUAACUAGUUGCAGAGAUGCUCAGGACCUUGACUGGUCUAAAUACUCCCCGCAACCACUGGACGGUAGCAUGUUCCAUACAUAUCUAUCUAUGGUGGAGAUCUCCUGUUACUGCACCGUUGCUGUGUGGUUUCUGGUGGCCUUAAUGUGUGGCAAACAGCUAAGACAAUGGUUGGAGGAAGCAAGUUAUGAUCAGGAUGCAGAGUUCAUUGAUGGUCACACCUACUUGCCUCAGCAGCACCCUAUGGCCAUGUAUGGGCCAGGCAAUGAUUUCAAUAGAGUCACACAUCUGUAAUUUCCUCAUUAUCAGAAAGCCAAAGGAGGUACCGCCGACUCUUUCUCCCUCCGUGACUAACAGAAAGUUGCAAUUUGUAAAACUUAUAUUUAUGUAUUGUUUAUCAGUUAUUUUAAAGUUACCUAUGCUAGAGUUAUUUUAAGUAUUUGCAAGUGAAAUUUUGCGACUGUUACCUAUAAUAGUGUACAAGAAAAAUUAUAUUUAAAGAAGAACAGCGCAAUCUGAGGACUAAAAUUAUGCGUCAAAUUUCCAAAACCCUUGCGGGCCCCGAAAAAAUGGGGGAGGGGGACAUACAGAGAUUUUUCAAAGACAUUAUUCAUCAUCCAUCUUUUCAGAUAAAACAUACAUUUUACGAAA